ACGACUGUCACAGAAGAAGCAAAUACGAGAUGAGUGCUCCAGAGGGUUCGGUUAGGAGCAGCAGUGGCGUUGCAGUCAUGGAUAGUAAAGCUGAGAGCAUGUCUACCCAAAAGACUCGCUCCCCCCUCGUCCUCAACGGAGAAGCCCCCACAGCUGAGCUCUGUGCAACAGCUGAGCUGGAGGAAGCCACUGAAGGACUUUGCCUAGAAGAGCCUAGGUCAGUUCCCUUGGUGAGGACGAACGGACCAGCACCUCUGGCCCCAGCGGACGAGCUAUGGAGCUCCAGCAGACACAAGGCAGUCAAGCUGAGGAUGGAGGGCUCGGGUCCGGCCUCAGAGACUCCCAUGACGGCCCAUCAGCUGUUUCUGCACACGGUGGAAACGUACGGGGAUCAUCCAGCCUUGGCUUCCAAAAAAGAGGGCCAGUGGGUGACCCUGACAUGGAGGCAAUACUAUGAGCAGUGCCGGGCGGCAGCUAAAAGUUUCCUCAAGUUGGGGCUGGAGCGUUACCAUGGUGUGGGGAUUCUGGGAUUUAACUCCCCCGAAUGGUUCAUCUCAAACAUCGGCUGCAUCUUUGCAGGGGGUCUGGCAACUGGAAUUUACACCACCAAUUCAGUUGAAGCUUGUCAGCAUGUGGCUGCCAACAGUGAGGCCAACAUCCUGGUAGUGGAGAACCAGAAGCAGCUCGACAAAAUCCUGCAGGUUAAAGAUCAUCUACCUCAUCUGAAAGCCAUCGUCCAGUAUAAAGGCGAGCUGCAGCAGAAAGCACCAUUUCUUUAUACGUGGGCGGAGUUCAUGAAGCUGGGAGAGGAAGUGCCCGACGAGCAGCUAAAUGCUGUGAUUGACAGUCUUCGUGCCAAUGAGUGCUGUACUCUCAUCUUUACCUCUGGAACCACUGGGAACCCUAAAGGAGUCAUGUUGAGCCAUGACAAUCUGACAUGGACAGUCCGCACGGCAGCUUCCAUGCUCAACUUAAAGUAUGCUGAGGAGGUGAUGGUCAGUUACCUGCCGCUCAGCCACGUGGCAGCCCAGCUAGUGGACAUGUGGUUGUGUGUUUGUUUUGCCAUGACCACCUACUUUGCAGAGCCAGACGCCCUAAAGGGCUCCUUAGUAAACACACUUAAAGAGGCUCAUCCAACUUGUUUCCUCGGGGUUCCUCGUGUGUGGGAGAAGAUGCAGGAGAAAAUGAAAGCUGUCGGUGCCAAGGCCUCCCCAAUGAGGAGUACAGUGGCGGGCUGGGCCAAGUCCAUAGGCCUGCGGUACAACUACAGUGUCAUGAACAGGGAGAAUCAGGUGCCUUGGGGCUUCACGCUGGCUAAUAAUCUGGUCUUUAAGAAGGUCCGUGAAUCUCUGGGCCUAGACCGCUGCAAGUUAUGCUUCACGGGCGCUGCCCCCAUCACCAAAGACACUCUGGAAUACUUCAUGAGCCUGAACAUCCCUUUAUUGGAGCUAUAUGGCAUGAGUGAAAGCUCCGGCCCACACACCAUCUCCACUGACACCUAUUCCCAAAUCUCAAGCUGUGGAAAAAAGAUACCAGGCAGCAAGACGAAGCUGGAGAACCCAGAUGAGGACGGGAGUGGAGAGAUAUGUAUGUGGGGUCGGCACGUCUUCAUGGGCUACCUGGACAUGCCGGACAAAACAGCGGAGGCUCUCGACCAGGACGGCUGGCUGCACUCUGGAGAUCUGGGACGACACGACCAGAACGACUUCCUGUACAUCACAGGAAGGAUCAAGGAACUGAUCAUCACUGCAGGUGGAGAGAACAUCCCUCCUGUGCCUAUCGAGGAUUCAGUGAAGGCCGAGGUGCCCAUCAUCAGCAACGCCAUGCUGAUCGGAGACAAGCUGAAGUUCCUCUCCAUGCUGCUCACGCUCAAAUGUGUGGUGGAUGACAACGGCGAGCCAACAGAUGAGCUGAGCCCUGAGGCCUUGAUAUUCUGCCAGCAUCACAACGUCACAGCCACCAAGGUGUCAGAGAUCGUAGCCAAUAAGGAGCCAGCUAUCUACAACGCCAUACAGGAAGGCAUGGAGCGCGCCAACGCCAGAGCAACGUCCAACGCCCAGAAGAUCCAGAAGUGGACGAUACUGGAGCGAGACUUCUCUGUCAACGGAGGCGAACUGGGGCCUACCAUGAAACUGAGGAGGCCCAUUGUUGUGAAGAUGUACCAGGAGAAAAUAAAUGAAUUGUAUGCUGUGGCCACGGAGACACAGCAGACUGUACAGCAUUGAGAUGAGAUAAUACCUGGGUCAUGUUUGUAUGCUGCCCAGCCGUCAUAUUGAGAAAUGUGUAAAUGUCUUUCACCUGAAUGUUAAAAGUGCAAAAGAGGUUUAAAUGAUGUAGUAUUUAAUGGAAUAGGUUGUCGUGCUAUGUUUUAAUAUAGUUCUGUUGUCUGUUUCGAGUCGAGAUUUAAGCUGUUUAAUGCACAAACGGUUUCAAAGCAGCUGUGCACUUUUUGUAAAUAAAAUGUCCUAAUCAGAGCCAAAUCUUGCCAUUUACGCUGGAUGGUGUAAGUCAUCAUUUUUACAGUUGUUGAAGGGAAUUUAGUGAAUCCACUGUGGCCUGAAUGAUGAAACUCUCUCGUCCUGGUCCUCAGCAUACCAGAAUGUAUUCAGUUUUUGAAGCAGAAAUAUCUAUUUACAUUUUUUUUAAACCAUUAAUCGCCAGUUGUCUGUCUCAUGCUUUGAGAUAAUCCCCAUUUAGUAAAACUGCAGACAUCACCUCUAAAGACUGGAUGAGAAAUAUAUAUAUAUCAAUAAAUAUAUCUAUGCGAUAAGAAUAGAAUCCAAUCACGUGCAAAUUGUAAUUUAUUCUUCUCCAUGUACAGUUUGAUAAGUUGAGAAAUGUAAUUUUUUUUUUAAUGAAUGUCCCAUGAUUGCCAUUAAAAAGUGAAUGAUUGAAUG